GGGCUUUCUGCAAUCGCAUAAUAUUCCAUAGCGUUGAGCUUUGCGUACGAGCUAAGAGCUUGUUGUGUUUUCGCCGUAAGCCGAUCUCUGUUCUUUCCAUUACAUUACCUGUAUGCCGUAUUUCAUUCGAAAAUGGUCGAACUACCGAGUCAUGCUAUAUUAUUACUGAUUCUCUGGUGUCUCCAAGACUAAGAGAUGUGAAUACAUUAGACAUAAUUGUAGCACCAACUUCUAUCAACUCUUGUUUGUAUUCGUAUCAACAAUAUGGACAUAUAAUGCAUCUUUUAACUAUGGAUUCAAUUCAUAAUCAAACUACCACUUUAAAAAUUAAACAAAAUACAAUUAUUUGUAGAUAAAUUCAACUUAAAAUGUCUUCUAGUAGUCCUCUAGUGGAUUAUCAAAAGCCUGUAAAAGUUAAAUCUCGAUGGACACAAUCUUGUCAGAUUGAAAUGAUGAUGGAAGAGUCACAGUCUUCAUUAGAUAUGUCUGAUACUGUUACAGAUGUUUCAACAAGUGAUUUAAAUGAUAGUACUGAUUAUAGUUCUGAAUUCAACUCUUUGGAAUUAAGAAAUUCUCGCAAGACUACCAAUAAUAGAAGGAAUUAUAGACGGUCAAAUCAGAAAAAGAAAAAAAUCUCUUCCAAAAGUUUUAAUGAAGAGGAACAAAAAUGGAAGCAAUUAUCUAGUACAUCUGUUAUUGGUCAAGAAGACAAUAUGAAAUACGAUAUAUCACAAGAAUCUAAUAUCAUUAGAAGACAUACUUCAGUGGACUGGAACAAAAUUUCAAUUUUUCAAUCAAAGAGUGUUAAUAAUAUGACUGAAAUUAUUGAUAAAUUACCAUCAAAACCUAUUCGUCGAGCCUCUAUACCAUGGAAGUUUAAGUUCUCAUUUACGAAAGACAUAAAAGAUAAUGCUAGGUUACUCGAAAAAGAUGACUAUUUAAAUCUUUCUAAUGCUAUUAAAUAUUUAAAUUUAAAUGAGUUACUAUUAAACAAUGAUAAUAAAUUAACUCAUAAAGAGAAUAUAACAGAUAAUCAUACAAUCACAACCCAACAAUCAUAUUGUUUAAAUAUGCGUGAUUUAAAUUUUAAAGAUUUUGAUGGUUUGAGUAAUAAAAUAUUAAGUACUACAGAACUAAAUGAAAUAUCUACAGAAAAUUUAAAUAAGUUUGAGCAAUCUGAUGAAUUGACUUUAGGUGUAAAGCAAUACAAUGAAAAAGAUCAAAAUACCAAUUUGGAGAUACCUAAAUCAUUUUUUUCUGAACCGGAAAAUUUGAAGUGUAAUCCUGUUUGUAAACCCAGAGAAAUUCGUUCCAAAAGUUGUGAUUUUGUGUUGAAAAAAACUUAUUAUUCAUUUAAACGUUAUAAAAGUUUUGAUGACUUAAAUCAAUUAAACAAUUCUGUGAUUGAUACUUUUAAACUACAAAAACCUGAAAAAAAAUCUCCCAAAAAAAAAAAAAGACGACAGUCAAAAAGAAUUAAACCUAAAAAUAAUCAUAUAGAGAUACUUGAUGAUAUGAAAGUUCCAGAAGUUAAUUUUAAUCAGGUAGCUGAUGAAAUUUACAAAGAACAUAAAAAUCAAUUACUUGAAGCAAGAAUUAAUGAUGUAGAAUUUGAUGAAAAACUAAAAGCUACCAACUUUACAUUAGUUGAUGAAAAUGUAUACAGACCUAAUAGACAGACCUUAAAAUUAUAUCCACCUUCUGAAAUUCCUAUGCUACGUAAGCUGAAACAACGAGUAAUAUCUGGAGAUAUAAACGAUUAUUGCGAGUGUACAUUAUCUAAAGAAGAUAUAAUGGAAGGAAAUACAGGAUGCGAUGAUAGAUGUCUGAAUCGACUGCUUAAAGUUGAAUGUGGUUUGGGUUGUUCUCUUAAAAGAUAUUGUACUAAUAAACAAUUUCAGAAUAAACAAUUCAAGAAAACUAAUAUUAUUAAAACUGCCAAUAAAGGUUAUGGGAUUUGUGCUAUCGAAGAUAUUCCUAAAGGUGUUUUAAUUAGUGAAUAUGUUGGUGAAGUUAUUGAUUAUAACGAAAUGUGUAAUCGUCUAACAAAAGAAGAGUAUAAAAAUUUAAAUUAUAUGGUUCAAUUAAAUCCCGAUGAAAUUAUUGAUUCUACUUCAAAAGGAAAUGUGACUAGAUUUAUUAAUCAUAGCUGUGAUCCAAAUUCAGUUGGUGAAAAGUGGCAUGUAUUGGGUCAGUCUCGUAUUGGUUUCUUUAGCACACGGCCUAUUAAAAAAGGUGAAGAAAUCACAUUUGAUUAUAGUUUUCAAAUCUUUGGUGAUGGUGCUCAAAUUUGUUAUUGUGGUUCCUCAAAAUGUCGUGGAUACAUCAAUAAAUCAUCUCAAAUUGUUGACCAUAAUAGUUCUGAAGACAGUGAAAGUGCUAAUGAAAAUGUCUUUAUAUCAAAACCCGAAGAUAAAAAAAGGAAAAAGAAAAUUUUGGAAAAGAGAGCUGCUAAUAAUAAUGAAAAUAAAUUAAGAGAGUUGAGGAGACAAUUGACAGAAAUUGCCAAAUUAAAAACUGGAUUAAAAGCUGAUCAAGAAAUGGCAACAUUGAAUUUGAAUAGACUUAUGGUGCAUAUUACAGACAGUGUCAGUCGUUUACAUGUCUUAACAUUUAUACGAGAACAUGAUAUGAACAAAAGAUUAUUUAUGGAUUUCAGUGGACUCAGUAUUAUUCAUAAUUGGAUGACAUCAAAUGAAAAUGAAUCUUUUAAAUUAAUGAUUUUGGAAAUCUUAGCUGAACUACCAAUUACAAACAGAAAUACUAUUACUAAAUCUAAAGUAUUAGAUGUUGUAGCUGAAUGGGCUGAAAUUCCAAAAGACGUCAAAACUAAAAUUGAAAGUUUAGAGUAUCCUGCGACAGAAAUCAAAAAUCAUUGUCAAGAAAUUGACAAUUUAUUGCCAAAUGAUAAUGGAAUAAUUAAUAGUCUGGUAAAAAAAUCUAGAGCUUUGUGGAAAAAGUGGAUUGUAUUGAAAAUGGUGUUUAAAAUUCCCAAAAAAAUAGAUCAGCAUAAACCAACAACAAAAAUAAAUUCAAGUAAACUUAUUGAUGAUUGUUAUCAAUCUUCGAUGGACAUACCUACUUUUGAUCGAAAAACGUUUAGACAUUCAAAUAAAUAUAAAGUACGGAAUCAACAAACUUUAACUUUAGAUCGUACACAAUCAAGAAAAGAAUAUAAAUUUAAAGUGGAUCAAGAACGCCAAAAAAUGUUUAGGAAAAAAGUGAUGGAUGAUUGGUAUGAAAAAUGUGAGGGAGUAGUAAAUAAAAAAUCUAAUGAAAAUUAUUUACAACAUCCUCAGACUUUAAAUUUCCUUAGUUGCAAUAACUCAACAUUAAACAAUAAUAAUGGAACUAGUGAACAGAUAAAAUGGGAUUCUUCAUUACAAGCAACACAGAUAGAUCAAAAUUCAAUAAUCAAUUAUACUAUGUCAAAUUCAUGUUUGAAUUAUAUGCCACCACAAGCAUUUCAACAAUCAUUAAUUCAAUUUCCACAGUAUUCUUAUAUACAGUCUCAAGCUUUAUCUGAUUAUCAUCAAGUUAAUCAACCAACAUUUUUUAAUACUCCUCCGCUACAGACAUCUAGUCAACCAUUAAUAACACAACUGCAAAAUAUUACUCUAUCAAACAAUAAACCUGUUCAUCAAGAUAUUGAAUCACCUGAUCUGUCUCCAAAAAAACAUCUAAUUAAGUUAGCUGAAACUAAUGUCUUUAAUUUGAUCAAUGACAGUUUACGCAAGCAUUAUAAUCCUGAUAAAAUUAAUGUUGUUAAUUCAGAAAUAGAACAUUCCAAGAAAUCUUGUACUAGAGCUGUACAAUCAGGUGCCGAUUUAUUAGCAAGAAUUAAAGUUAUAAGUAAUUCUUUUAAAAACCAGCCAUCAAAAUUAAUUACAGUUAAGAAUUUAAAACAUAAAAAUGAUAAUACAAAAAUUGAAAAAGUAUCCUUGUCUGACAUAAAGUUGAAGACAGUUUGUGAUAAAAAUAAUAAAAUUGUUUUCAUCAACGAAAAAACUAGUGUGACUUCAAACACAUUAAGUGAAGAUGUUGUGCCAAUUCCUAAAACUAUUAAAGUAUCUCAAGAAAAUAAAUUUGCAAAUGCCAUAUUUAAUUCUUUAUUAAAAAAGGUGUUGGUACCUGAAGAUGAAAACUCAGUACCAAAAACGUUUGUUUCAAAAGCUCUCAACUCAGAUAUAAUUACAUAUCAUGAAACUGACAAAGAAAUCGAAUUAUACAAUAAUAUGAAACCAAAAGUUGUAAAAAAAAUAGUUGGUCACGUAAAAACCAAAAAUGGUUUUGCACCUGUUUUAAAACGACAAUGGGGAAUCCAACUGAAAGGUUUAAAAAGAAAUCGUGAUGAAAUACCAGCUACAAAACGUAAUAUAUUGCGUAAGGGUAGUUUACAUCGUUUAGCAUUGAAAAAUAGUCUUGCCAAUGUAACAAAAUCAGCAUUAAAGAGACAAAGUAAUAUUAAUUUGGAUGAUUAUUUAAAAAGACCUAAAGAAAAAAGAGUUACGUUCUGGAUAGAAGGUGAGACAUCACCAAAUUUGACACACCCAGAAGUAAGACCAAUUAAUUUGAAUCAAAAUACUGUGAAACAAAAGCCUCUAAUGAAGUGUCAUCCAUUUGAAAUACGAAAUGAACCUAAAUCUAUUCUUCAGCCUUCUACUUCUGCUAUUCAAGGUGAUGAUAAUUUGCAAAUCCCUGGUCUUGAUUCAACUAAUGAUCAAAUCAUUACACCUAUUGUUGCAAAAUUCAAAGCAUCAAGAAAUAGGCGCAUUAGUUUACGAGACAAGUCAAUUGAAUUAGAUCAAUUACGUAGUCAAAGAAAACAUAAGAUACCUAUAAGCAUGAUGUCUUUAUCAGUGGAUGUAUUAAAGCUUAUCCCUGAUAAUAGAAAGGAAAUGAAGAAAAUAAUUGACUAUUAUCAUUCAAUGGCUACUGUUAUUGUAAAAACAUUAGGAUCAUAUGCUAAAAAGACCUGUCAACAAGGACGUAUAAGAAGCAAUGAAGAUUUUAAAUAUCUUGCUAGAAAAAUUAAUGAAAAUGUGUUGUUGAAAGAGUUACAAUUAAAAAAAGUGGACAAAUUAAAAAUUAGUGAUAGUACAAAAGAUAAAGUUGCUGAAUAUAUCAGAAAGUAUAUGUCACGAUUUGGAGAAUCCUACAAAAAAAAAUCUAAUGAACAAACUAAUCACAAACCAAAGUAAGUUAUAUAAAAAAAUGUUUACUGUUUUGUUUUAGUGUAACACUAUAACUGCCAAUAAUUUUUGUUUGAAAUUGUUAUAUUUUUAAUGCUAAGUAUUAAUAAUUAAUCAUAAUUUUGAUUUAUUUUAGACUGACUAGAUCAUUUAUGUUUUUAAAUUAAGUUUGACUAU